AAAUGGCGGUCCACUCGAACAUGGCGGUGCACGGGCUGCUGCAGGCGGAGGGAGCGGGGGCCGGCGGCCCGGAGCAGCCAGAAAAUGAAAAUCAGAGCCAGAUGGAUCUGUAUGAUGAUUUAAUCAAUGAUAUAAUAGGAGUGCCUUUAAAUAAUGGGUUCAAACCUGAAAAUAACAAUUGUAGUCUUCUGCCAAAGUGCUCAUCAAGUAAUAUAAUUGUCCCAACUACUGCUGCUCCAACUAGAGCAGCUCCAUCGAAAUAUUUUGUCCCGGCUACAGUUGUUCCUCUACUUCCUGAGAAGAAGACUCUGCUGAUUGGCAAUCUGACGUGGUGGACAACCACUGAUGACUUGGUAGCUUCCAUUCGUUCUGCAGGAGUAUUUAAUGUUGAUAAAAUCAGAAUUUAUGAAGUUCCAAAAGGCGGCCAAUCGAAAGGAUUUGCCAAAGUGGAUUUGUCUUCAGAGUGGGAUAUGAACAGAUUGUUGGAAAUGCUUCCAAAGAGAAAAAUUCACGAGAGGGUUCCUGAUGUACGGCCCUAUUCCGUAGCAAGUCGCCAGUAUUUUGAAACACAGUUCAUAAAUGCAGUGGAAAAAUCAAAGUUGUAUUCAGCAGAAGAUGAUGUUUUUGAUGGUUAUGAUGGAAACGACGGCCAAUCUGCAUUUGAUUCUUCAAGAGAAACAAUUCCAGGCGAUUCAACCCUUCAAGACCAAACCCCUUCACCUUUCGAGCAGUUGUCAGUUAAAUCAACCGCUUCAAUCAUUGAAAGUAAACUCCAUCCUGGUUCUUCUAUUUCUCCCAACUUUCUGUUACAAGACUUCAUUUCGUUGGAUGUUUCUUCUACGAGUAUCCCAGGUCUAGGUCUUGGUGGACGUAGUCGUAGUCAGUCAUUGCAUACGGCUUGCACUGAUCCUGCGACCUUCAUUCCACCAACCAACACCAGCAUUUCUCCUUUGGAAAACAAGAAAUCACCUGUGUUUAAUGCAUACUAUAAAGAUUACAGAAUACUCGGAAGGGAGCCAGGUUUUCAAGAGACACUGCAAAGCAAGGAGAUCACAAAAGAACUUGAUAGAAAAGGGACUAUUUUAACGAGUAAUGAUGAGAGCAAAGAUGACUGUUCGGAAGAUUAUGGGAGUCUCCUUAGGCUUGUUUCUUUUGUUAAAAAGUCCAAAGCAGUCGCACAAGAUAAUUACAGGGAUUCAUUAAAUUGUCCUCCAAAUCAGCUGCACGGAGGAGAAUCGAAACAAUUUUCCUCAGGAUUACGGGAGCAUGAAUAUCUAAGGCGCAAAGAAAAUCAGAGAUCUGGGGAGAGAAGUGGAUCUGUGAGAGAUCGUUCCAGGAGUCCGUGUUCCAGUGAUGGUCAUUAUCAAGAGAAAAAAAUGGAUUAUGAUCAAGAGAGGCAACAAAAUCAUCAAAGGAUUCAUUGUGAAUAUUCUCCUCGGAGAGAUCACCAUUCAGACAGAAGCCGAGAUCACCAUUCAGACAGAAGCCGAGAUCACCAUUCAGACAGAAGCCGAGAUCAAAGAGACAGCUUUGGUCAAGAAAGACCUUGUGACUCUGUGAGAUAUACUUCCAGAAAUAUUGAUCCCUGGCAUGUUUAUUCUGAAAAGAGUGGAAAAGGACAAGAUUACAGUCAAGAAAAAUAUUUUAGAAAAAAACGAGAAAAGGACAGAGAGUACCAGUUUUGAUGGUAUGUGUGUUGAUUUUGUCUUUUUGGACAAUGCAUUAUAUAUAUAAAAGCCAUUGAAUAUCUUGUAAAUGAAUAUACAAACUGAAUAUCUUGUAAAUAAAUCUACAGUGAUGACCCAA